GCAGCCAACGCUUCUCUGCCGCACAGCGCCGACUUAGUUCCGCUUAGUCGGCACUGUACAGGGCCACUGGCUAGCUUUUGAUCAUAUGCGAUCUUUUAAAACCCCUUCACACAAUCGGAUUAGCAUUUUUGUGUUUGUGAAAUAUAUGCUGAUAUGAUAUCUCAGGAGGAUUUAUUCCUAAUCCUUCGCUUAAAUCCGUUCCUAUGAUGGCAACUGACUCGCGAACGUCCCAGUUUUUACGCUUCUUUACCGGAAAAUCUAAGUCGAAAAAGGAAGAGGAUCCUUAUUUCCGUCGGACGCGAUCGCUGUGCGAUGGGAGAGCCGGAAUUACUACGAAUGCUGAAUUUUUGAACAAAGUCAGAUAUAUAAAACGCCAAAAUGACCAUUGGGACAAGUACGCUAACUGCGCCGUCAAAGCGGCGCUUCCGAAUAUCUUGCCGCCGAUGGAUGCAGCUAAAAUAUCCCAUUCUUCACGUUCAUCUGCCAUUUUAUCACCGACCACCACGGCCAUUCCCAACGAGGUGGCACAGUUGUUUGAAAGUGCUUUUGCCAAAUUGUAUUGUCCAUUUGAUGCGGUGAGAUGGACGUUGCUUGAGCAAAUUCGCAGGAUAUUUUACGCGGAUUGCCAAGGGGAUAUUCAAGCUUUAUGUCAUAACUUCCUGGCGCCAGCUGCUAAUCUGGUUGAUUCCAUUAAACGCCACAGCAAGGAGAGCGGAAGCCGACGCCAGUCGCUCCCUUCGCGACUUUCGGAAGCCGUGGGAUGGCCGUUGUGUGCCAAUGGACGCGUGAUCAUUCACCUCUGUGAGCUCGACCCAGAGAUACGCCCCAUCACCGGCACAUCCUCCAUUCUGCGUCCCGGUGAAUGCUAUUUCCACAUUGCCCGCUCCUCCAGUCAAACACCCGGUCUGGUGCUCUGCCUGAAAUUACGCACAUCAUCGGGUGAAUUAAUUGACCUGCGGAUACCACCUCAGCGUCUCAGUAUGGCCUUCAGCCAAAAGUGGUUCGAAGAGACGAUUUCUGCGCAUGAUAGCCGGCUACUGGGCGCCCUGCAGUUCUGUGUGGUCAGCUUCGAACGCAGUAUCGAGCGCAUUGACUUGCAGCUUCUAACAUCCGGCUGGCAAGUGCCCUUUGCGCCGUUUCCGGCCAUUUCCUCGUCCGCCUCCUGUUCCUGCUCUAAUUUAACGUCGUCCAGUAAUGCGGAGAAUACGUUGUUGGAUAAUGAAUUGAUUUGUGCGCCGGAGGGGGUGCACGAAGAAUGCCAGUGUUUAUGCCGGCUGAAUAGCGGAGAUAAAGGCAAUCUUCCCGCAGUCGGCAAUCCGGAUCCGCCUGAUCCUCCAGAUGCAAAACAUGCUCAUUUGCCACUAAACUCGCGCAGCCAGCCAUUCCCACCGGAAAGUGCACAUCAAUCUGGACGAAAUGAAAAUCCUGGUAGCAGUAAUCGAGCGAAUUUAAUUAAUGAACUGCACAGUGAGCUAAUGCUAUCCGGUGCCAUGACAUUCCCUGGCAUAUUAGACCGGCAACAGCAUCCUGUUAUUUUUAUGUUUGGCCGAAAUUUCCCGGUGUCGGCUACAGAUACAGAUGUGGCUGACGUAUUCUGUUACUUCUAUUUUAUCCCACGUGAAUCCGUGUCGAGAAGCGGCUUUACUGUUGUUGUGGAUAUGUGCUUCCCAAAUGAUUCUGUGAUAUCACAAGCGAAAUUUUUAAACAUUUUGGACGAAGCAAUACAUAAAACGGAGCAAAGGAUUCAGAAUGCUAUCCACAAGGUUCUGGUUAUCAUCCACUCUGAAACACCAAUCGAAAUGGCUGACCAGAUUCGUGACGAACUAAUUAAAAGCUCGUCGUUAAAGAUCACAUUCGUGCAUGGUCGGGAUGAACUUCGCAUCCACAUGGAUGACAUGAACAUAAUAACGGAAUUGGGCGGUCGAUUGAACUUCAAUCACCAGAAAUUCGUUGCAUACCGCAAGGAGAUUGAACCCUUUAUCGAGACUUGUCGGCACGCCUCGCGUCGAUUAUUAGAGGCACUGCAGGAACUCCGCUUAUUGGACAGCUGUUCUUGUCAGUAUAAAUUAGGCGGAGGCGGUAUGCCGGCACAACAAAUGCCACCGACGGACUUUGCCGGCCCCAAUCAUCCGCACAUCACCGCCGCACAUUUCAAUGUCAUGAUACAAGCGCAGAAAAAAAUGAUGCAGUCGAUUCUCGAAGACAAGCAUCUACUGCAGCUUCAGACCACUGGUGAUGCCAUGCUAAUCAGAUUUCAACAAGAUCAAAUGGCCAACAUGGAAGCCAAGGACUCUUACGAUCAAGCCUCGCAGAUAUACAGCGAAGUACAUUCGGCUGCCGUUAAGCUGGCCCGAUUAGCCGAUAAGCGUUUGGCUAAGCUGGAGAAAGCUUACCAUGUUAAACGAUUUGAAGAAGAUGCCCGCAAAGUACUGGCAUGGUUAUGUAAAAAAGGAGAAGACGGAUUAGCCCGCUAUUCCAUAACAGGAGAAAACCUUAAUGAAUUGCGUCAGCAGCAGCGGGAAUUUGAGAAGUUCUAUUUCACGGCUUCGCACCAACUGGAAAAAGGUUCGGAUUUGGUUGAAGAAUUCUCUAACACAGAGCAGGCGGAUUAUCCUACUGUUGCCAUCGAAUUAUGCCGCGCCCUGAAAGACAAUCUGAAGAAAUUCGCCGACCGGCUGGACGAUGUCCGCGACCGUAUCGACGACACGGCCCGUUGCUACUGUCUCGUCGAACGAGCAUUUGAAUGGACUUUGAACACCAUCAAUUUCAUGUCCCAAUUCAAACUGGAACCAGAGCCCACUUUGCUAUUCCUGAAUGAGCACCUGCAAAAAAUGGAAUCCUACGUCCGCGUUCACCCGGCUUUAACGAAGGAUAAUUUUAAGGAGAUGGACCAGAUUGCUGCCCGCCUUAAAGUCUCGAAAUUAUCCGAACAGUGUAUUAUCGCCAAAAAUCGUUGUCAAGAAGCGGAAGCACUGGUCAUAGCGAAAGAAACCAGCUUCCUUAAAGCCAAGUUCGCUUUGAUUCCCGUGAAAUGCCUGGACGAUACUGCUAAAAACCGCGCCAGCCCGUUUUCGGCCGAGGUCAUACCGUAUCGCAAUUUCCGCCAGCCGAGUAUUCCCGAGAUGGACGAGACAUCCAGCUCCUCUGAGCCGCCCUUCAUCGAUGCCGACAGUGUAACCGGGACGGAUUCCCUCGUCAUUGGAUCGGUGUCAUCGGUCCUGGAGGAUUAUCCGACCGCAUUGGACGUCCAUGUGGAACGCCGCAAUAAAACCGGCAACAUGAAGCGCAGUCUCACAUGGCAGGCCGGUGAGUGUAGCCGGGCAUCGAGCGGCAGCAGCAGCGACAAAUCCAGUGGGAACAGCGAGGAGAAUGAGGGCAAAUUCAGUGCGGAAGAUUUCGCGCACACGGAUAAAGCGCGGGUCAAUCGACGCGAAUCAUGGACGGUCCCCACGAGCAAUUCCCACUUGUUGGCCUGCCUGCCCAAAGACACCGGGAACGCGGUAUCGGGAUCGGCUGGUGCUGGCCUAGAUUCCGCCGGUCAUUACGGAAGUAAUGCCCUGCUCGUUAUGCAAGAGCUCAUCCAAACGGAACUGGAUUAUGUUACGGCGCUGCGAUUUGUCAUCGACAAUUAUCUCCCGGAGAUUUUCCGUGAUUCCCUACCCCAGGUGUUAAGGGGCAAACGAAAUGUGGUCUUCGGAAAUCUCAGCAAAAUUCUGGAAUUUCAUGAAAAUGAAUUCAGUCAUACGCUGGAAUCAUGCGCCAGUUCACCAUUUCAUAUCGGACAAGUUUUCUUGCAGUUCGAAAAGCAGUUCUACUUGUAUGCAUUAUAUACCCAUAAUAAACCGAAGUCAGAUGAACUGAUGGCAGAAUGCGGAAACGAAUACUUCAAAACCAAGCAGAUUGCUCUCCAAGACAAAAUGGAUUUAUCGAGUUAUUUAUUGCGGCCGGUGCAACGCAUGGGUAAAUAUGCGCUUCUUCUGAAACAGCUCCUGAAAGUGUGUCCACGUAGUGACCCCGAAUGGGCUGACCUCCAGGCGGCGGAAGAGAUGGUGAAAUUUCAACUGCGCCAUGGAAAUGAUCUGCUGGCCAUGGAUUUGUUAAAGGACUGUGAUGUGAACCUCAAAGAACAAGGUCGUCUGCUUAGGCAGGACGAUAUGGUGGUGUGGCAGGCCGGGAAAAAGAAGAGUGUGAAAAGGGUCUUCUUAUUUGAAGAACUGAUUUUGUUUAGCAAAACCAGGCGGCUGAAAAAUGGAAACGAAUCCUUCGUAUAUAAAUUUAGUCUGAAGACCAAUGACAUUGGACUGACCGAGCAGCUCGGAGACAGUUUGACGAAAUUAGAAAUCUGGUUCCGAAAACGGAAACUGGGAGAUAAUUUUAUACUGCAAGCGGCAAGCUGUGAUAUUAAACAGGCUUGGACGCGGGACAUCUCGUCGAUUUUAUGGAACCAGGCAUUCAGAAGCAAAGAUGCCAGGCUAGCCGAGAUGACCUGCAUGGGAAUAGGCAGCAAAGCCUGCUUAGACAUCAAACCCAGUGAAGACCAAAUCAAUCAUCGCUUUGUAAAUCUUCGGGCAUUAGGACGAUUCAGAGAUGGUAGCAGUAGUCACUCCAUCGACUUCCUGUCAUCAGGAAGCAAGCAUCCACGACCGCACUCAGUAAUAUCCCUCUCCAGCUCCUCGACUAAUGGAUCAACGCUGGUAUCAGGCCCAAUGCCCAUCAGCAUCCCUGCAUGGGCGCCUCAGCCUUCCUCGUCCUUUCCUGAUGACCCCAAUGAGUCGCCUCGUCGAUCACAGUGUUCCUCCGAGAGCGGCAUUUGUUCCGACAUGGUCAACUCCAGUUCGCCCGUUGACUCGGACUCUUCCAAAUGAAAUCGAUAACUGCCUAAUGGACGGUGUUACUGCCAGCAGCUUGGUGCCAAACCCUUCUUGGCUACUGCCCACUGGUCACUUUAUAUUCUCCAGUCUUCCCAAAUCGUGUGAUCUCAGUGUUUUCUAAUGCAACGUCGUUGUCAUGAAUUAUAAUUAUAGAAUACGAACUGGUCAGUUUUGACUACCUGCAUGUGUGUACAGUUUUGUAAAGCCAGUGAUAUAAGGCUGCUGCAGCUAGUAACCUUUUAAAUUGUGUUCUGAACUCUGAAUGCUUGUUGAAAACUUCGAAGUUGAGAAAAGCUUGGAUAAGCUUAUUUAGUGGUUAUGCAGUUUGUUUUUGUGGAUACAGACUACAGAGUCGAGCAAAAACUGACGUAAAUAGC